GCCAUUUCAAUACGACCAAGCUUUGCAUGUUGAGACAAAUCAUCGACUUGAACUCGAUAUAUUUAGAAACUAGAUCGGUAUUAGACGCACCCCAGAUAAAGUCAACAAGCUAGUGACAGUGAGUCAGUGACAAGACAAACAUUUGAAUUAUAUCAGGCAAAGAAGAAAAUGACAAAAGACAGUGAUGAUGCUGAGAAUAAUUCACUAUUCAGUGAUCUGGUCAAUAAAGUUGAUGACUUUACUAAAUAUGGACAAAAACAAGCAAAAGAUCAGCCUCUGAAAGCAUUGGAGGCAUUCAGAAAUGCUUACCAUUGUGCCAUGUCUCUUGGUCAUCAAGGCUAUAUGCAAAGAGCCUGCGCAUUUAAUUUAGGAGCUGCACUGAUAGCCUCUAGAAACUACUCUGAAGGCUUAAAAUACUUGAAGCAAGCUAAACUACCGGAAAACCAAGAUGGAGAUUUGUAUUUUAAUUUUGGACUAGCCUUUAAAGGCCUAAAAAAUAUAACAAAGAGUAAAUACUAUUUUAAAAAGGCUAUAGAAUUAUAUGACCAGAAGCCACAGAAUUCUAAAAUGUUAUGUGAAACACAUCAGUUGCUUUAUCAACUUUGCUUGGACAAAGAGGAAUAUCACAAUGCUGAGGACUGGUUAAUGAAACUUAUAGAACUUUACACAACUUCAGAGCAAACUGAAAAGCUAUUAAUUGCCAAAAUGGAGAGAGCAAAAAUUUUUGUAAAAAAGGAUAGACAUGAUUCUGCAGAAGAGAUAGCUGAUAAAUGUUUGGAAGAAGCAAAGAAAAUGGAUGUUAAAGAGAAUACUGUAAAGCUGUUGAAUGAGAUUGCAUUAGUAUUUUGUCAGUUGAAAAAAUAUGAUAAAGCAUUACUGUGCUACCAACACUACAACUCUGCCACUCAAAAUUCAAAUUCUCCUAAUUUGAUAAGUCCUAAUCUAGAAGCUUUAAUAGCACAGAAUAUGGGAGCACUCUAUACCCAAAUGGAAAAAUUUGAGGAAUCACUGAAAUACCAUCAGAAGGCUCUUUCUAAACUAAUUGAUCUAGGAUUGCGUAGAAGCCAGGGCCAUGUUCUAAUCAACCUAGGCUAUGCUUUUAGUCAACUUGGAAACAUUGAAGAAGCUGGUGACCACUACCUUGAAGCUCUACAAUUAGCAAAAGAAACAGGUGAUAAAAAGUCAGAGUGGCAAUGUUAUGAAUCACUUGGUGCAGUAGCUUACAAUAAUGGCUCAACAGAAUUAGCCCAGAAAUACUAUAAACAGGCUUUGGAAGUCUUUUUGAGAUCUUCUGUUAAACAAGACAAAUCCAUUCAAGAUCGAAUUUUAGGAAAAUUAACCAAUAUAGUAAAACUACAAAUUGAAGACGCUAGAAAUAAUUCUACAAAUACAAGGGCUCCAGGAGACAUAAACAGAAACCAAAGGACACUGCUAAAAUUCAAGAAGUCACUGUCAGAAAACCAAGUUCAAAAAGUUGCUCGUGGAUUAGAUGAUGAGGUAGCUGAAUUGCCAAAUGUUGGUGCAAAUCAAACAAAAUUCAAGAAGUCACUGUCAGAAAACCAAGUUCAAAAAGUUGCUCGUAGAUUAGAUGAUGAGGUAGCUGAAUUGCCAAAUGUUGGUGCAAAUCAAACAAAAUUCAAGAAGUCACUGUCAGAAAACCAAGUUCAAAAAGUUGCUCGUGGAUUAGAUGAUGAGGUAGCUGAAUUGCCAAAUGUUGGUGCAAAUCAAACAAAUGAGGAAGAGGAGGAUGAAAUGGAUGUGGAUGCACAAGAUAUUGAGGAUAAAAAGCAAGUUAGACGUGAACUGGCUAACCUGAUAAAAUCUAAUAUAGAAUCUGAAAGAGAGAUGGAUUCCACCUCAUCAGAUUAUGAUGAAAUAGACUCAGACACUGACUCUGAUAAAUCUUCUGUUAAGGAAAAAAGGUUUUUAAAAGCCAAAAAGUCAUUGUCUCUGCGAAAAUUUCAGAAAGUUGCUCUUGGGUUAGAUGUGAACACUGAACUAGAUAAAAUAUCAGACACUGAGGGAAAAGGAGAAGAGGAUAAGCCUGAAAAAAAAAUUGAUAUACAAACCAGAACAUAUGAAAAACCAAGAGUUCCAGACAUGAAAAAAAAAAGACAGCCAUCUGGGACCUAUGAUAUGCCUAAUGAUACUAUACCUCCAACCUUUAAACCUGAUACAAAUAGUGAUAGUAUCAUUAAGAGUUUGUCAAAAUCAAUUCGACCAGGCAACCAAAUGGAUUCUGAUGGAAAAAAUUCUUUAGCAGCAACUAAGGAACUAUCAAAAAAUGAGCCUGGAACAUCAAAAAGAGCUAAAAUAAGUGACGAAGAUCUCUCUGAUAGUGACGAUGAUGUUUCUGAUAGUGACGAUGAUGUUUCUGAUAGUGACAAUGAUGUUUCUGAUAGUGAUGAUGAUGUUUCUGAUAAUGACAGCAAGAAUCCAGAAAAAAAAAAAACAAUCCUACAAGGCAUGCCUACAGGACAAAGAGAAAAUGUACUUUACAAAGAACAUUUGAAAUUGAAACAAAAACCAAGAAAAGAAUUUGAAGAAGAAGAAAGUCAAGCACAAGACGAUGGCAGUGAGAUCCCCUCCUCUAAAACAUGCCUCAUUAUGUAAUGAUAUAUAUAUAUAUUAUAAUGUUUUGGUUAACUGCUUAUUGAAAUAGUCUUGCAGAACUUAUUCUAACUUGUUUCUCAUUUGUACCGCAGCAUGACCCACAGACUUUUAUUUGAUGAAAUCUAUCUUUGUUAUGUUAUCUGUUUGCAAAGUCAAUUUAUAUAAAUCAUUGCCAAAUAAAAAAUAACCCAUAGGUUAAAUCUAAAGAAACCAAGAGAACUUUCUCUUGAUUUUUUCCCCAUAAACUUACACAAACAUCUAGAAACUGGAUUUUUGUCAAGAUGUAAUGACAUUUUUGAAACAGUUUUUUUUUUAUGGGAAAAGGUCAUAGUUGUUAAUACAAAAGUGAUGGACCAUGAUUCGACCCCUAACAAAGACUGAUCUUUACAAUGACGGGCACGACAUGGCCUAAAUUGUGCAGAUGUGCCUAAACUCAAAAACUCAACUCUACAAUGUUCAUGAUUCCUGUCACUCUUCUUAUCUGACAUUGUUUGGGGAAAAUUGAAGGUGAUUUGUUGAGUGCAGUCACAAAGCACUCUCCUUACCCAUUGCCACAGAAAUGGGUGAAUAAAUAAAAUCUACAGGAAGACACCAUUAAUACAUCCAUGCAAGGGUAGUCUGUAUAUAAACUAAUAUUAAAGAGUUUGAAUAAAUAAGAGGAUGGACUACUUUUGAAAGUGUUCUGUCCCUUAGUCUAUUGCACCACACAUGAUAUACCAACUGUCUCUCUCCCCAUUCUUGUCUUUUGCCAGGAUGAAAGUCUGACAAUUAUUGUAAGAAAUUAAAUUAUGAACAAUGUUUUUUGUUGUUAACUAUACUGCUGAGUCCACAUUUUCCUUUCAAAUAUUUUAUACCUAUUUAUUUUGAGUGACUUUACACAUUUUACAAAGAUUUCUAUUGAAUGUUAAAUAUUUUGUUGUAGUAAAUUAUCUUGGUGCCUAAAUGUCCACAUAAUUUUAAAUAUUAUACAGUGUUGUGUGCAUUUUUUUUUGUUUUGAGUUAUUUAAAUUUCAUGAGCUGUUAAUUUGGUAAGCUUCUAAAGCUUUAAGAGUGUCAUUAACAGGAAAUCAAGAGGGUAAUGAAAAAUGAGCCUCCAGAGCCUCACAUUUAGCACAAAAAAAAAAGUUUAUUGAACAGUUCACAAGAAAGAAUUGACAACUGUUUGAAGUAUCUACCAAGCUCCACACUAUUUGUUAGCUUUGAAUCUGUUUUGGCUAAAGUGGAGGAGGAAGAUAUGAAUAACUGGUUACAAAAAGGCUGUAUCUAGAGACCAGUGUGACCAACUGUCACUAUCACCUUAAAUUUAUGUGUGUGUUAAAGAUGUACCUUUUUUUUUUUUUU